UUGUGUUACUGCUGGAAACUGAGUCAAUACAAAACGCACGAUCCUUAUCAGUGAGCGGUGCAGAUCGGCUCAAGGAUGUUUGUUCCAGUAACGUUGUGCUGUGAACUAUUGGGAUUCAUCCUUCACUAUUUUCCUUCUGUCGGUGCACAUUGCCUUGACAACGUUGCCCUUGGGAAACCUGCUAUUCAGAAUUCUAUUGGGUUCUCCGCUGGCCCGGGGCGAGCCGUGGACGGAAAUGGAGAUCUUAUCUUUGAAGGUUCAUCUUGUUCGUACACACCCAGUUCCACUGGUGACCCACUGCCGUGGUGGCGGGUGGAUCUGCAAAAGGUCGUCAACGUUGAGGCGGUCACCAUCGCUAACAGAAGAUCCAGCGAAUAUCACUGGCGUCUACACAACUUUGACAUAGAAGUAUUCUCAGCUGACCCAGUUGUUGACCCUGGAGCAAACGGUCAGCUGUGCUUUUCCUUCUUUGGGCAAUUUGGGGAUUCACUUACUGAAACCCUUAGAUGCAUGUAUCCGGUUGAGGGGCGAUAUGUCCGGAUAAAGAAGAGGCAACAUCUGAAUAGUCAGGACAGGCUGACCUUGUGUGAAGUGGCAGUCCACCCAAAGAUAUAUGAAAGCAACUGCAGUUUCAGUCAGAGGUACCCUUCCACAUUUGUGCCCUACACGGACAAGUACCUCACGACCAGACCCAGGCAUGAAACCAUCGGAAGCUUGAAGACCUGCAUGAUUGAAUGUACAACUAUGUGGGCAUGUGAUGGCUUCAACUUCAAUAUCCUGGACAGCAGCAGUGGAAAUGGAACCUGUGAGUUUGUGUCUGUGUCACUGGCAAAUCUUUACUCUAAAUCUGGAUGGACAUAUUACAAGGCCAUUUGUUCUGAAACUCCAGCACAACUCGUGUAGGAUUCGAUGUAUGAGGAAGGCGGCUCUUGCAUAAUAUGUUCCCUUGGUGACUGACUAUUACUGUUCAUAUAUAACCGUGCAGGCAUACAAGUGGACUAUGCAUCAUCAUCACUGCGACAAAACAAACUGAGAUGCCCAUCUUGACCAACAAAAAACUAGGAUGCGAAGUUUGCAAAAGAAAUCAUAUAUGUGUUUCAAUUAAUUUCUUGCUUGUUUGUUGCUUAUUUUGUCCAGUUACAUGUCCAGUUCAGAAAUAAAUGAAUCCAGCCCCCAAAUUCCAGUGAUUGACAUGAUAAAUAUUCAUCCAGGGUCAUAGUGUGGGGCCUAUUGUGCCUAUGAAGCUAGCCAGACUUACGAGGAGCCCGAUCCUAGUGACAUCACACGCUGUCAACGUUCGUUUUGUGAUUACUGGAUAUAGGUGGUGCAGCCGGCUGGAGUGCUACUUCUUGAUCGUUGUUUCGACUCUAGGAUUAGCCUUGAUUUAUGUUGACUUAAAGGAGUUUUCUUACCUCAUGUGAAUCGAUGCAGAACAUUUCCCCUAACACAUCAUACUAAGAUGGUGUGCAGUUUCCUAAAUACAUUAACAGCUGUCUUCACGGAGAGAUGCAUUUGCGAAAUGAGGACCUGCAUGUCAUCUUAUAUAAAUUACUGGAUAAAUUCGGUGUAGAAUUGAUCUUCGGCAACCCAUCCAAAUAAUCACACAUUUCCAUUUCCACAUGCACAUCCACUAUUUACUAAAGUCAUGGUGGAUUGCAUAAUGGACUUUGUCUUAAUACUUUAGUUACAGUAUGAAGACUAAAUAUAUAAUUGCUCCUUGCUCACUAUGUGUAAAUCUCAUAUUGAUGUUAAUAAAUGGGUAUUAUGUA